UCUCAAGAUCACAAACAACUCAGUGUAUUAUCUAUCCCACUUCGCCAGAGGAUCCGUCAUUCGUUAGCGUUCUGUUGUAUCUGUACUCAUAAUUGUAAUAAUGUUUGCGUUCUCAACUCGCGCCUCUCGCACGCUUCGCUAUGCUGGCCUCUCCAUCAAGCGCACCAUCUUCACCUCAGCAACACCAUCCUCGCCCUCAAGCAAAGUGCAGAUAUACACUCUCUUGUCCCCAUCUGCAACAUACAACCUAUCAGUGGAGAACCACCUCAUGAAGACGACGCCCCCCGACUCGACCAUCCUGAUCCUCUUCAUCAAUCGACCUAGCAUCGUCAUUGGCCGGAAUCAGAAUCCCUGGCUGGAGACCAACCUCAACGAACUGCACCACGCCCCAAGCAAUGUCCAGCUGGUUAGAAGACGGAGUGGAGGUGGUGCCGUAUUCCACGACCUAGGCAACGUGAAUUGGAGCGUCAUACACCCACCCAAGCACUUUGACCGGAACAAGCACGCAGAGAUGGUGGUGCGGGCGCUGCACGCCCUGGGGAAGACAUCGGCUCGGGUCAACGAGCGACAUGAUAUUGUCAUUGAUGCACCCCACCACAGCCAGAACAAGACAUUCAAGAUCUCCGGGAGUGCCUACAAGCUCACGCGCCUGCGCGCCAUCCAUCACGGGACCUGCCUGGUCAACUCACCCCACCUCGCGCGGAUUGGACCUUUCCUGCGCUCACCAGCGGAAAAGUACAUUCAAGCACUUGGCUCUGCCAGCGUGCGGAGCCCAAUCACCAAUGUUGAUGUCUCCAUCGAGCCAUUUCUCGCGGCGGUCAAAGAUGAGUUUACCAAGAUGUACGGUCUGCCGGAUGUCGCCUUUACGGACCGAGCCGAAGAGGGAAUGGCCGUGGCAGAGGUACAGAAAUCAUGGGAAGAGCUAGAGUCGCCUGAAUGGACUUUUGGUCAGACACCCAAGUUUACUUUCUCGACACAUCCCACGGAGAACGACCCCCGGCCCAGGGAUGGCGUGCCAGGCAACACGAAGAUAUGGUUCAUGGCGAAUAAGGGCGUCAUUGAGCAGUUUGAGAUGGACGAUGUGGAGCAAGCAGCGUUCAAGGGGAUCAGACUCUACGAACCCUCGCGUUCUUCGUGGGCAGAGAGGCUUCAUCAGGCUGGCCUAGACGCGCUAGAGGCGCAUGUCACGGGCGACUGGCUCAAGAGCAUGUUGGGAGGUGGCGUCUUUGAGAGGCUGAGCCCACCAAAAUCCGAACAUUCGCCUUGACCUGACAGAGCACGACACAAGGAAAUCA